GCCAGCGCCAGGGCUGGACCCCUCCUGCUCCCUUCGGCUCUGCUCCGCUGCCUCCCGGAGCCCAACUUAGGGUGGCCCCCUCAUUGCGAGCCUUAGAGUCGCCUUGGGGUCCAGUCCCCACCCAGGUCGGGCGAAGACACUAAGGAGGGUGACUCGGGGAAGGGGCAGACGCGACAGCCCCGCCGAAGAUGCAGGAUGGCAACAGAACCGUCGCCGUCCAGCCUUGCCUACCGCACCACGGGCUCCACCUUGUUGCAUCCGGUCAGCGACCUCCUGGGCAUCCCGUUGGACCAGGUAAAUUUUGUGGCGUGCCAGCUCUUUGCUUUACUUGCUGCUUUUUGGUUCCGCAUCUACCUGAGUCCUGAGAAGACAAGCUCUGCUAUCCGUCAUGCCUUUGCUGCCAUUUUUGGAAUCUAUUUUGUUAUCUUUUGCUUUGGAUGGUAUUCUAUACACCUUUUUGUAUUGGUGUUAAUAUGUUAUGGAAUCCUGAUUACUUCAAGUACACACAACGUUCACAGGUACUCCUUUGUGGUUGCAAUGGGUUAUCUCACAGUAUGCCAUAUAAGCCGGAUAUACAUAUUCCACUAUGGGAUUCUUACUACAGAUUUUUCAGGGCCACUGAUGAUUGUGACCCAGAAGAUCACAACCCUGGCGUUUCAAAUUCAUGAUGGAUUGGGCCGAAAAACUGAGGACCUCACUCCUGAGCAACUUCGACUUGCUAUAAAAGUCAGACCCUCUUUCUUGGAAUACAUAAGCUACCUUCUCAAUUUCCUGAGUGUCAUAGCUGGGCCCUGUAGUAGUUACAAGGACUAUGUAGCUUUUAUUGAGGGGAGGCACAUACACAUGAAGUUGCUGGAAAUGAACUGGAAGCAAAAAGGUUACAGCAGUCUUCCUAAUCCUUCUCCAACUGGAGCAGUGAUGCACAAACUGUGUAUCACUCUGGUGUCUCUCUUCUUUUUUUUGACGCUUACAAAGGCCUAUCCUGUCACUUGCCUAGUUGAUGACUGGUUUGUCAAUCAAGCAUCUUUUUUGUCCAGACUGUGCUACUUAUACAUUGUUAUGCAAGCAUCAAAGCCAAAGUAUUACUUUGCAUGGACAUUAGCUGAUGCAGUCAAUAAUGCAGCUGGCUAUGGGUUCAGUGGAGUUGAUAAGAAUGGGAAUUUCUGUUGGAAUCUGCUUUCUAACCUAAACAUCUGGAAGAUUGAGACUGCAACAAGUUUUAAGAUGUACAUAGAAAACUGGAAUAUUCAAACAGCUACUUGGCUAAAAUGUGUUUGCUAUGAGCGGGCUCCCUGCUUCCCUACAGCCUUAACGUUUAUCCUGUCUGCAUUGUGGCAUGGUGUCUAUCCUGGAUAUUAUUUUACAUUCCUAACUGGAAUCCUGGUUACAUUAGCGGCCAGAGCAAUGAGGACCACCUGUAGACAUUUCUUCCUCUCUUCGGAAACUCUCAAGACAGCUUAUGAUGUCAUCACGUGGGCUUCCACUCAGCUGGCUGUCUCUUACACAGUGGCCCCUUUUGUCAUGCUGGCAGUGGAACCAGCCCUCACUUUGUACAAAUCCUUGUAUUUUCAUUUACACAUCAUAAGCCUCCUGAUAAUUCUAAUUCUGCCCAUCAAACCACAAACCAAAAGGCAAUCUCAGACUCUGAAUUCUUUUCAUAACAAGGAAAAAACCUGAUACAUCACAAGAAAACUUGGACAAGUGAAAUGCCUGUGCCAGAAUGGAAACAGGGGUGUGUAUUUUAUAAUGUUGAAACAUUAAAAAAGACCUCGGGCUUAAAUGAUUUUCAGUGACCCAAUCAGAAGGCUGAGACAAGAUUUAUAGCCUUCUGAUUUUAAAAGCAGGGAAUAUUUUUAUAAAGUCUUUUUCAUGUAUUUAAAUCAGUCAUAUGUAUAGUUUGUUUUGAUAUUUUAUAGGAUAUUUGAGUGUGAAGUGAGUGUGUGUGUGCGUGUGUGUGUUAGAGGAAGUACAAGAGUUCGAGAGGCAGCCCAUUUUGGGUGUUUAUUCUUUGGCUGUUUAGGGCAUUGCUUCAUAUCCUGGCUCAGCCAUGGUGUUCGACCACAAGAAUCUGGAUGUUGAGAACACUGGUGUGGGCUCCAGCAGGAAGAGGGAGAUUGCAGAGAAGGCUAUCCCAGCUUGUCAUGGCAUUCUUAUGCCAGAAAACACUCAGGACUGGGAUAUUCCUUUGGAGAUUCUGACUCUCUUGCAGUGACACCUGCUGGUUUUAGAGUACAUUUUUAUUAUUUCAUUGAAGAUUGGAGACAGAGGACCUGGGGGAACAGAAAUGCACAGGAUUUGGCCAGAAUCCUCUGCCCAGCCAAGAGUUCCCACAGAAAAUAAUUAUAGAUUAGAGAUUCAGGACUGCACUUUGAGUAGGCUGCAAUUUUUUCCAAGGGUGUAAUGAUUUCAUAUUAUGAACUGAACCCACAUGUGAAUUGAAGCUCCCUUACAGUAGGAACAUUGGUCAUUUAAAUUGAGAGGACUGUUUCUGAGGGAUGGUCCAGUGAAGGCCAAAUGUUCAAUCUAACAAAUGCAGCCAUGGCUUUUUGAAGGAAAAUACCAAAAAUAACCCAUAUAAUUUAAAGCUUUUCUUAACCUGUUAACUUUUCCCCCAAGAGGUUAGUAAGAACACCAAGUUGUUAUAAAUUUAAUUUUUUUACCCAUAAUUUGUCUGAAUUGUACAUGAACAAGGCUAUAUUCUGUGUUGAUUUUCAAUUUCCAAAGUGUCGGAGCUGAAUAAAUUCAACUUUAUUUUUAGCUGAAUCAUCAGGAUGGAAAGCAAAGGUUGAACAAACAAUUUUCUUUUCAUCUUCUUGAUAGAAAUCUUUUAGAGAAUGUGUUUUAUUUCCCUUUGGAAACCUCUAUUGGGUAAUAUUGUUUUGGGGAGAAGAAAAUGGCCUAUUAUGGUUUAUUGAAAAUAAUAAUGAUGAGAAUAAUAAUAAACUACCUUACAACAACA